AAAUCCAAUACUCAUUUUUUUUUCGAGAUCCUUGUUUAAUUCAAACAUACAACAUGGGUUCUGAAUCUGUUGCAUUAAUCUGUUGUCUUAGUUGUCUGUUGCUGCCGGGCCUCGUUUUACAGACAACGGGGUUUUUCUCGCCAUUUUGGAUCAAACAAAAUUCAACAACAGAUUGUUUCAGAGGAAUCUUUUUAACAGUGAAUUGCGAGGACACCAUUAAAGGACUUGGUACCACUAUUCUCGGUCUCCAAACUACUGCUCUUAUUGUUAUUGCACUGACGACAGCGGUCCUCCUGUACACCAUUUGCUGCAAUAAAGACGACGACGAAGACGAUGAUGAUGUGGGUUGCUGUACAAAAUGUGGAGUUUGUUUGUUAUGUCUAUAUCCUGUUGCAGGAAUCAUUGGUUUUGCUGGAUGUAUGGUUGUUAUCGCAGAUUAUAAAGACUAUGAAAAAGGCUGGGGACUUUACCUUUGCCUGGCAGCGUCAUGCUACGUGAUGCUUGAGACCAUAAUUUGCUGUUGUGCACUAUGUGUGUAUGCCAAGUCUGGAAAGGAAACAAAUCAUGGUAGUGGGCAAGACAACACUGGCUAUGCUGGACAGGAAGUUGUCUCUUAUGGCGGAUCAGGAAGCAGUUACGACAACCGCGCGAUAGCUAAUCCAGGAGCGGAAGGAAUCAUUUUUGGUCACGUGCAAGAGCACCACCAGAUGGAAAUAAGCAGUAGCGGGAGCAUUAUGAUCAGAAAGCUACAAAUUGCGAGAGUUCUCCAUAUCAGAUGAAUGCUAUUUCCAGUCAAAUGAUUUCAAUAUAAAAUUGACUGUGUUUAAAAAAUAUUAGAUAUGUUAGAACCGUUAUAGUAAAUAUUAACCUUUUAUGUACAUAUUUGAACAUUCUGUUUUGGAAUACCUUUAGUGCGAAGAACUCUUAUUUAAAAAGGUUCACAUUGUAACUGAUAAUCGAGUUAAACCCAGAGACCAUAAACGGAGGAAAAAAAUACCUUGCAAUUUUAUAAUACAUAUUUUAUUGAGAAAAAAAAUGCAGGUUU